CUCUCUGCUCACAUACCCGCUGGCGGGUCAGGGAAAGACACAAACAUCAUCUACACACACACACACACACACAGUUCCUUGGGCUUGCGCUGUGAUGGAAUCGAGUACAGCAAGUGGUUCAGGUGAGAAUGGCACUGCUGUGCUGGCACAGUUUGAACGAGCUCUGCGCCUUGUUGUGCGUGAGAUUCACGUCGAUGUCGCUACUUUCAAGCGAAAUGUGGAGCAGCGCCUGGAGGAGGCCUGUAAAGGCGCCAAACCUCUAGAGAACAUGGUUUCAAGGCUCCAGAAGGAAAACCAGCAGCUGAAGGAGAAGUUGGAGGCUCUUUCCCAACUGGUAGACACACUACCUUUGAUAGCGAGCCAGUCAAGUUCCCAGAGAAAGCGUGAUCUCCAUGAUCUCCAAGAUCUCCAAGUUCAAGCCCAGAUCCAGGUUCAAGCUGAGAGAAGUAGCCCUGGAACUGCAUCUUCCAUGGAGGAAGAAGAAACGUGUGAUCCAACUGGAGCAUACUUACUAGGUGGAUCUGUGUGUGUGGAUUCAGAAUCUACUUCCUCCAGGAGCUCCCCUACUGCAUCUCUAGCCAGCAUCAUUAACAUGGAUACAAGUUGUGAGCCUAAUGAGAUAAGCAGAGAGGAGAAGGAGGUAGAAGAGGAGGAAGAAGACACCUUAACUUCAGCUGGACUGGAGAAUAAACCUGAAAAAGCACAAGAAGAAUUAGAAGAAGUGGCAUCUCUGGUCAGUAAACAACAUGCACUCUCUGACUCUCUGACCAUCACAUCUUCUCAGAUAGAUCCUAACACAGACCCUAGACCUGAAUCUCCUUUAGGAAGUGAAUACUCUGGAUUCUCUGCAUAUUCUGGAUACUCAGUGUCACAGGAUGUGAUGUCAUCAUUAUCCAGACAGCAUGUGACAUCUGUGGCCAUGACUACAAGACAGCGUCCACUGACAGCUACGAGCAGAGCAAGAGAUCUGGCAGUUCAGAAGUCCAAAUCACAGCUGAAUACAGAGACCCAGGAAAUGAAGUCAUCAAACAAUAGCCGAACCACGUCCACGGUAGCACCCCAGAAAUCUGGAGGUGCUGAAGGUUGUCCAUUAAGUCCUAUGUCUCCAAGGCCUUGGAGGAUACAAUCUAACCCACCCUCCAUUCUUACCAAACUCAUACCACCACCGGCACAAUUUAGCCAUUCAUCUAUUGAAAUCUCCACACCAGAGCAAAACAUAGAAUCCCACCAUGAAUCUGAGGAAGGUCAGGAAGUAAAGACACCAGACAACCAUAACUCUACAACUCACCCAAAGUUUCAUCAGUUGCCCCCUGAAAAAGUCUCAUCAAAGACAGUUGCAGAAAGGUCUUCCUUUCAGAAUGAAAUUACUUUGGAGACACAGGAAGCGACGUCAAUGGUCAGCAAUCUGGAAGCCACAGGAAAACCAAAUCUAAUGGCCAAUACAGACACCAACCUAACUACUCCCAAAACCAUGCAAUUAACCAAUCAAAAUGCUGAUCUGCCUUUCAGCAAAUCAGCUUCAGAUACAACAACGUGUGCAAAAAACCUUCAUGUGGCUCCUUUUGCUAUACCAAAUAAUGUCAUUGCCACAACAAAAUCCUCAGAAUCUACUUUUAGAACUGAGCGCUUACUUUCAUCACAAGUGCUCCGGUCAACGGUCAAUGUUCAAACAAGUUUGGGAUCCAUGACAGAACCCCAGCAACCAGUCAGCAUUAUGAACAUACCUCUAAGCCCUAAAUCUCUCAGAUCAACCAACCAAAGUCCUACUCCAUUUAAACCAGCAUGUACACCCGAGGCAACUGAAUCACCAUUUAAAGCUUCAACUGUUGGCAAAGCUUCAGAAUCCAGUGCAUCUGUAUACAACCACCGUGUGGCCCCAUUCUCUGUGACCUCUCCGAUAUCUGCUUGUCCUACAGGACAUUUAGAGCCCUCCCUCAGAGAUGAUCAUUCUCAAGCAACCAGUUCAAUUCAACAUGCAGAGCCACUUACUACACCAACAGCACACGAACCUACGAGUAGUGCAACUGUUCCAGUGAGCCCCAAACCUCUGAAGUCAACCAACCAAAGCCCUACACCAUUCAAAUCUCCAUCUAUACCAAGUGCCACAAUCAGAUCACACCACAGAAUUGUCCAGACAGAAAAAAUGCAAUCUACCAGCAGCCUUUAUGAGAAACAAGCAGCUGUGAUGGAAUCUCAAGUUCCUGUCCAAUCUGCAACAUCAAAUUUAAAUGUUCACAUGAGCCCAAACUCUAAGACUAAGCCAACCAGGUUUAACCUAGAUGAGCCAAAAUGGAACCCCACACCAUCUCCUACUACAAUGAAGAAACCACUCUUAGCUGUACCUUCACCAGUGUCUGACAAAAUCAAUUCACCUGACAAUAAUGGAGAUCAAGAGUCUUCCAGCAAAGUGACUCCUCACUCUCCUGUCCCCUCGUACACUCAAAUAAGCCCACGGCCUUGCAAAAGACUGACAAACCACGACCUUGCACAAAAUCAGUAUACCAAUCUUAUCAGUUCUCAGUCUGUUGACUCUGCUGAGACUUCUGGUGUAACCUCAGAGCUCAACCAAACCCGAUAUCCAGUUGAGUUGCAACAGGAAAUGAGGUCAACAGGGGACAGUUUCUCCCAUUCUCAGCUGUCCGUUGGUUAUCUAAGCAGACGUGCAGAUUCGCCAUCUGGAAGUGAGUACUCUGGCUACUCUUCAGUGUAUUCAACUGUGUCUCAGGAAGUGAGGUCAUCAGUAAAUGGUCAGCAUGUGACUUCUGCCCAACCUAUUGCAACCUCUGUAACUUGCAUGAGUCCCAGACGUCAAAGAAGACCAGCCAAUCACAACACAGAAAAGUUGUUUACAUCAUCACAGAUAGAGACCUCUACAGAAUCACGAGAAGAGAGGUCACGUAUGUCUCGUGUCUUCUCACAGCCUCAGCUCUCCAUAGGUUCUCUAGCUAGAAGAGCAGAAUCACCUCCUGAUAGUGAAUACUCUGGAUACUCCUCAGUUUAUUCCUCGGUGUCACAAGAAGUGCGAUCAGUUGUAGAUGCAUCCGCAACUAUUGCAACACCCCAAGCACCUGUCACUUCUAUGAUUCGUAUGAGCCCUAAGCCUGUUAGGAGAUCAGCCAAUCCCAGCUCUUCUCUCUCUAACCCCUCCCCUCCACUAAAGUCAAAGGUGUUUGGUCAACCAACGCUGAGUACUAAAUCAUAUCCACCAAUGACUGAACCCUCCACUAAGUCUGGGAUGUCCCAGGAUGUGAAGUCAUCUCUCAGCAGUCAAUAUCCAGCCAUCUCAUCACCACAGCUGUCUGGUGCACGCAAAAACCAAAUCCCACGAAGCCCCAAGUCCAUCAGCAGGUCUAGCAACAUCUCACAGCCUAACACUACACCACAUUUUAACCCAUUGCUUUUCAGCCAAUCAGCAUCUGAAUCAGCAGUUUCUAAACCAUCAGCCAUCAUGGACUCUCCCAGCAGACCUGUGUCAGCAGUCAAGCCAUGGACCUCUAGCCAGAAGAUAAAUACAAGUUCAUCUGGUUAUCCAGACAAGACAUCAAGCACUUUUUCGAAACCAGCUCAUUUCUCUGAUUCCAAACCAGACAAUGACAACUUCAUCAAGAAGUCUGAUAGUGUGAAUGGUAAAGAGAGUUUAGCAGGAUCACAGACACUGCCGAGAAACCUCCAGAGCAAGCAGGCCUUGUUUCAGAGAAUGAAUUCUGAACCUAGCAGAGAUAAGAGCGUGGAGUCGAGACCUAAACUGAGACGAUCUCAGAGCCUCGGUACGUCCAGCGCCAGUGGCAUUAAGCAGCUCCUGCUGGAGUGGUGCCGCUCCAAGACCAUCGGCUACCAGCACAUAGAUAUCCAUAAUUUUUCCUCCAGCUGGUCUGAUGGAAUGGCCUUCUGCGCUUUGGUGCACGCCUUCUUCCCAAAUGAGUUUGACUACAAUGAGCUGAAUCCUGCGCACCAUAAACACAACCUCGAUUUAGCUUUCACCACUGCUGAGGAGAAAGCAGACUGCAUUCGGCUGAUCGAGGUAGACGACAUGAUGGCGAUGGGGCCCAACCCUGACCCCAUGUGUGUGUUUACGUAUGUGCAGUCCCUUUACAACCACCUCAAGAGAUUUGAGUGAUCACUUGCUACAUGAGAAAUGAUUACUAUCCAUUCUCGUUACGGUUACAGGCUUUACACUGACAAUCUGUUGGUAUUUCUUAUUCUUAUUUGUUAAUUUUGCCAUUUUGGAAAUAUUUCUGCUCAGUUAGGUACAAGCAGGUUUGGUAAGGAAUAAGAAAAAAACCUCAGGGCAGAACAUAUAACAUAUGUAUAGCAGAACAUCACAAAGUGCUUUAUUCCUCUGAUAAAACAAUUACAAUGUUUAAUUCAUUAAAGAACUACAAAUCAGUUUUUAACUGUUUAUAGUUACAUUUAAUGUUGUAGAAAGUCCACAAAACAAGUUCCUGUUAUCACUUAUGUUUUAGCAGUUAUAAACACUUAUUUCCUCACCAGCCUCGCUUUUUUCUCAAAAAAACAAAACAAACAAAAAAACACGUGAAGCAUAAAACACACAAAGUCCUCUGUCUGCAAAACUUACUAACAUUGGAGACUCCUUCCAUUAACAUUAAAUAAUUGUCUCUUUAUGGAAAGCUUCACCAUAUCAACAGUUAUACAUUUUUGUUAACAUGAAAAAAUAAAUAACAAUUAAAAAAAAUUGCUUAUUAUUAGCAUUCAAUUAUGUAGAUUGUCCAUCAUACAAGUUGCUAUGUAAGUUGUUACUAUAGAAACAAUAACAUAUUAGAACAAGAGCAUUAAUAUAAACCUGUGUUUGGAAUUACAGUCAGAACUUCUGUUAUAGAAAACUGAUCAACAUCUUUUGACCUUAUUCAAGAAUUCAGCAACGUCGUGGUAUAAAAGUAAAUAGUCAUGUGCUCUAUGUAUACUUGUCUGUGUAAUAGCAAGGAAAUGGUACAUUGUUAGAGAUGAUAUUAUUGUAUAUCUCAGGAUGAUGUCUUGAAUGAUAUGUCCUCUUGUAUCAGCCAGCAUGGGACAGCAUAGUGUGGCAUAGAUGAUAUUAUACAGCUGGACUGAUGAAAUACUGUGUAUCAAAUAAGUAUAAUUAAUCAAGAAAGGUUUGUCUGCUUUAUAACAUACUUUUUUUCACAUUAUGUGCGCUGUCUUGUGUAUAUUUGGACAAAGCAGCCUUAUAAAUGAUAUAAACACAAUGGACACAACUCGUGUGUCGUCAUUUGAUUACAAUAGCACUGAUAGUGCUGAGCUUUGAAACAUCUUCAUGCCACCUAUGCUGUUUUGUGUUAACACUCUUUUACACUAAGGUUUUCACUGGACAGAAUUGUGAGAAUGUGAUAAAGAGGGAGCCCCUGACAUGAAAAAAGGAAGUGUGUGUGUAUUCGAGGGAGAGGUUCAUCACGGUGUGGGGAAGAGGGAAAUUAUCAGUGGCUACAGGGGUUUUUAAAGAAAGCCGUUCUGUGUGGAAGGACGUGUGUUAAGUGUUGCACCUGAGGACGUUGUGGCGAUUUCCUUUUGUCUUUGUUCUGAGGAAAAGACUGAGGCAGAUCCCUUAGAGGACUGCUGUGAAUAAUAGGUUUGGUAGUAUAGAUGAGACAGAGGGGUUAGACUAGAUGUCUUAACUCUAACCAUAUGGGAUAUGGUGGAAAUAAAACACAUUUUAAAAAGCGGUAGGUGUUGUAGGUUGUAAUAAGCAGCGUUCUGGGUAAAUCCUGGAAAUGCCACCGUAAUCCAUUUUAGAACAACACAAGCUUGUGUAUUGUCUCACAACAGUUGGAACUUUAACUGCCUGAAUGAAAUUACAGUGACUACCUGAAUGAACCUACAAUGUACAUGGUAUCAUGUAUGUUAAAAAUAAACUUCUUGUGCACAA